AUGUCUGUUUAUGCUUCACUAGAGGACACCGCAAUGAUUCCUUCCCCAGACCCGUACCACUGUCCUUCUCAUCUGGAGACCUUGACUGGGAUGGAUCAAUUGUUUGUCUACAAAGAACGAACUACUGAAGACAGGCUUGCAGAAGUUUGCUUUGGAAUAAAGCCUGUCAACAGAUAUUUUGUGAAGGAUGGCAUGGAGAACAAGGUUUUCAGUAUUCUUGAGGACAGCGAAUCUUGUGACAGGCAAUGCUAUGGUGUUGCACGUAAUUUCACAAUGAAUGUUACUGACCACUCAAAUCAAGAGGUCAUCAGAAUGGUGCACCCGUCUGUUUGUACCUCCUGCAGCAGCCAUGAGCUAGAGGUUCAGUCUCCACCGGGCACUACCAUUGGAUAUGUUCGACAAAACUGGCAUGUUUGCCUACCUAAAUUCACUCUUGAGAAUGAACGGGGUGAACCAGCAAUUAAGAUUGUGGGACCAGGUUGUACCUGCUGCACAGAUGAGAACUUCGAGCUGGUGUCUUUGAAUGAAGCAGCGAUAGACGGGUCAUUUGGCAAAAUCACCAAACCAUUCUCAUGCUGUGAAUCAAAUGCAAAUUUUGUGAUCAGGUUUCCAAGCAACAUGGAUCUCAAAAUGAAAGCUACUGCACUGGGAGCCUGUAUACUUCUUGACUCCAUGUAUUACUAUUGGGAAGUAGUAUAGGGCUGUGCCACAUCCACCAACUUCAGCAAACAUCCCAGUCAGCUAAGGGAAAAAAAGUUUAC